CGGGCCAUGGGCUGCCUGCAGAGCGUGGCGUGCAAGGCGCGCGUGCGGCGGGAGCACAUCGUGGUGUCGGACGUGUCGGCGUGCAUCGAGCCGGGCGCCACGGCCCUGGAGGAGACCUCGCCCAUCGUGCUGCGCUACCGGACGCCCUACUUCCGCGCCGCCGCGCGCGUCCUCAUGCCGCCCAUCCCGCGGCGCCACACCUGGGUGGUGGGCUGGAUCCAGGCCUGCAACCACAUGGAGUUCUACAACACCUACAGCGACCUGGGCAUGUCAAGCUGGGAACUUCCAGACUUGAGAGAAGGGCGUGUAAAAGCCAUCAGUGACUCUGAUGGAGUGAGCUACCCCUGGUAUGGGAACACCACAGAAACAGUGACCUUGACUGGCCCCACCAAUAAGGUCUCCAGGUUCUCCGUCAGUAUGAAUGACAAUUUCUACCCCAGCGUAACGUGGGCUGUUCCUGUGAGUGACAGCAACGUGCCACUACUAACCAGGAUCAAACGGGACCAAAGCUUUACGACGUGGCUAGUAGCCAUGAAUAUGACCACCAAGGAAAAGAUUAUUUUGCAGACUAUAAAGUGGAGGAUGCGAGUGGACAUUGAAGUUGAUCCCAUGCAACUCUUGGGCAAGCGAGCCCGGCUAGUGGGGAGGACUCAGCAGGAGCAGCCCAAAAUUUUGAGCAGAAUGGAACCCAUCCCACCAAAUGCACUAGUGAAACCCAAUGCCAAUGAUGCCCAGGUCCUUAUGUGGAGACCCAAAAGAGGACCGCCUUUGGUAGUGAUACCACCCAAAUAAAAAAUACACUUGAUGGUAUCAA